GGUGGGUGGGGGCAGGGCGAUCAGGAAGGCAGUGACAGUAAGGGGUACCUGAGGGUUAAUAUUAGGUGGGCAAAUCCAGACUAAACACUGUUAACCUCCCCUCCCCCUUAAAAUGUGUCUGUGGGUGCAGGGUUUAAUGUGAAUUUCUGAGUAUAUUUUCAUUAUGUGGUUUUUACUGUCCUUUUGUUUUCUUGCCUGAUUAUAUUGUUAUUUGUUAUUUUGGCUUGACCCCCCUGCCCCCCACUAUAAAUAAGAAUAGGACAAUCUUGGUUUACGUUAAGAACGUAAAAGGGGGAAAAAAUAAUAUCACAAGACCCCAAAAAUACCCCCUGAGUUGGGCGUGCGGUCACAGCAGGUUGUUUAUAAGAAUUACGCUACGGAUGGAAGUCAUUAAAUUUGGAAAUAUAGUUGAAAAGAAUAACGUAGUUUAGCUGAGGUCAUUUUGGCGCUGUAUCCAGUCACUCUCCGAGUUGCCGUGUCUUUGGGAUGUAUGGUAUGUUCCCAUGGUGUCAAGAAUGUUCGAUUUUUCAACCCUUAGAGCUGUCUGGUGGCUGUUGUAGAUAUAACUUAGUUGACGUGAUCAGCUAUUUAUAUUUUAUUGCUUUUGCAAAAUGGCAGCCAACCAAUGCAUGUCAAAGGGGAAAGCAAAGGCUAAGAGAGCCUGCGAGGAUAAUGCGGCAACCAGGGCUGUCCGGUUUUCUUUUGAAGAGAAUAGUAUACUAAUCGCAAAAGUCUGUGAGUAUUACGAUGAAAUAAUUGGCAUGGCAGCGCCGGAGACUCCCCAGAAGAAGAAGAAUGAGUUGUGGAAAAAGAUCGUGGAUGCAGUUAACACAGUUGGUGGGAAUAAUCGUACAGAACUCGUAGUAAAAAAGAGGUAUUUUGAUGUGAAAAGGCAACUGAAGCGGAAAUUAUGCAAGGCGGCCUCUCAUGUAACUGAGACCGGGGGCGAGAAGUCUGAAGAUGCGGACCUAACCAGUUAUGAAGAAGAACUACUGCAGGUUCUGGUACCCGGAACCGAUAUAGAGGCGAUUGAUGAUACAGACAGUACAACAAGUAUGUUUUAGUUGUAUUGUAAAAACCAAAUGCUUAUAAUUAGCUGUGUUUUUUUUUUUUUUUAAAUGAAGACAUUGCACGUUUCAGAUGUAUGUAUAUAUCUUUGAGUUUUCAGUCGAUCUCCUAUUCAGAACUUUCAUUAAAAUGCUAGUAAUGUCACAGUAUUGUAUAUUCUACAGUUCAGUCUUUCUUACAAAUUAAAGCGUAAUUGUCUUCUUAAAAUUACACGGUAUGGUAUUAUGAAGAACUGAAAAAAAACUAGAUUCUACUAGAAAAUAUGUACAGUAGAUUGUUUAUUAAUAUAGUUAUUUUCCAGUCUUUAUUUUAUUACUGAUUUUAUUACUGAUGCUAAACUAAUCAAAAAUGAGUGCCCUCUUUACAAAUUGCAUAUGCAGCUACACGACCCAAAGUAUUGUGUGAGCAUAGACUCUGAUAAUGCAUUUGGAUUAGGUAGAUGGCACGUAAGUAUAGGGGAAAUUCACAAAGCGCAGAAUUAGUGAGAACUAAAUUCAGAAUCUAGUCCAAAAUAACGUUGAAAAUGAUAUGCUUUUCAAUAUUUGCAAUUUAAUUUUGAGUUCAUUGCCAUUUUUGUUUAAGUGAUAUUCUUGCAAUGUAUUUGCAGAUGGUCUAAUUUACACAAUGUAUAGAUUACAUUCAUAUAGCUUACAAAAAAUGAAGAGAAAGAAUUGGAGAUUGCAAUUACAUCACAUAUGGGAAUAGUGGGAAUGCACCUAUGGUGAAAUCACCAAAAUUCAUUAAAACUUCACUUUUAAUAAGUCAUAGAUAAAAAAAGUCCAACAAUCAGUGAACUUGUAAAUAUAACACAAACUGACCACAAACAGUACUCUUGCAAAACAAAGGCAAUUAGCAUGGUGGUAGUAUAAUAGCUAUAUUCACCCACUAAAUCAAAAUAUAUUGGGGCUAACUCACUAAUGACACACUUAUACUUGUAGAGAAAUAUCAAGAUAGUUUUGUCUGACGCAUCAGAUGACACUAAUAAAUAUAAAUACAAAGGGGUGAUAAGUUAAUCACCCGUGACACUAGCGUAAGGAUAUCGAGGUUACUAAGACUUCUUACCAGUCUAUCUGCAUAAUUUGGUGUAAGUACAGAAAUGUGGUAAACUAUAUAUGUAUGAUUGUUGCAACAUUAUAUAUAUAGUACACGCGUAGCUUGGUAGUUUACCACAUUUCUGUACUUACACUAAAUUAUGCAGAUAGACUGGUAAGAAGUCUUAGUAACCUCAAUAUCCUUACGCUAGUGUUAAGUAUGUUAAUAGUGCCAUGUGUGGAAAUUCAUACAAGAGCUGCAUAAUUCAGUGGUCAUUAUGGCAAGUUCCAAAAUUAAAGGAACACUCCAAACACCUAAAGCGCUUUAGCUUGUUGAAAUAUUUUAGGGUUUUUACCUUCUCUUAUUUUAUAAGAGGUCAUGACUAGUGAUGAUCUCCUGAAGGCAGGGCUGAGCUGCAGUAAGAAGACAGUCUCUCCGCUAGAUAAAAAGUAAAUAACUUGUUUUUUUACACAAAUAGGGGUGUAUCCUAAAUCUAAAAUCAUAAAUAGAACCCUCUAAUGUUCCAAAUACAUUUCUUAAUGUUCCAAAUGUGUGCCUAAUUUGUUUGUUUUUCUCUUUUUUUCAGUUAUUGCAGAAACAACAAAAUCCUACAAGAAGAAAAAUGAGCUAAGACAGAAGAUUAUGGAUGCAGUUAAAGCAGUUGGAAACAAUCACACAGAUCGUGUGGUAAAGAAAAGGUACUUUGAUGUUAAGAGGCAACUAAAAAGAAAGCUAUCAAGGGCUCCUUUCCAAGCAAGAAGGAUUGGAAGUAGCCACCCAAACCAUGUGGAUUUGGCCAACGGGGAGUUGCUUGAAACCCUAGGUCUAGAAGCAAUAAUGCGUGUAAAAGGAAGUGUUGAUACUGACUUGCCUCUUGGUAAGUGUUUGUAAUGUGAUCUGUAAUGUUUUAUUUAUUAAUGUUUUACUAAUAUUGACCUGUAAAGCAUUCCAGCAAGUGACUAAGUGCAUGCAACUCUACUGAAGUUUAAAGAGGCUUUCUUAGUGAAAAUAUAUUUUUGAAAGCAGUACAGGUGCUCCUCGUUUUGUGACCUACCUGUUUUACGACGGCUUGCACUUGCAACCAACUCUCUCGCGGGGUGGUAAGUGCGAGCCGUCGUGGGAAUUAGAGGGAUUCCCUGCUCUGCUGUGUUCUUCUAUGUUCGGGAAAUUUCCCGAGCAUAGAUUAGAGGGAUUCCCUGCUCUUGUGCGUUUGUCUGUGUUUGGGGGAAAUGUCCCUGAACACAGACAUGCGCACCAGAGCAGCGAGUCCCUUAAAUCUAUGUUCGGGAAACUAGCUGGCUGGUUGAACUAGCCAUAUUUAUACUCCUUUUGUAGGGUGCACUUUCCCCAUUCUGAAUAUGCACAAAAUGAGGCAUGUAGGUUAUUAUUACAGGGACACUGUAGGCACCCAAUCCACUACAGCUCAUUGAAGUGGUCUGGGUGCUGUGUCCCUAUUGCACUUAGUGCUGUUUACAUUGUAGCUCUAAGUCUGCCCUCUGUGGCUAUCUACCAGAAAGCCACUGGGGGCGCUUCCGGAAUCCAAACAGACAUUUGGUCCGUUAUCUGACACUGGACGUCCUCACACUCUGCAUAAGGACUUCCAGUGUCAGAUUUUCCCCAUAGGAAAGCAUUGAGGGAGGGGGGACCUAUUAAAGCUUUAGUACCAGGAAAACGGAUUUGUUUUCCUGGCACUAUAGGAUCCCUUUAAUGUUUCUUUUUGAUAUGACGCUGGCAGACAAUGAUCUCCUGACUGCUAAUGGUUAUUUAGCAUAUCAGAAGAAUCCACUAUCUAAGAGGAGAUACAGGCAUAUGGUAGAUUAGCCAGUUAGUUUACAUUGAAGCUAGACUUAGAGGCUACUCAUGUGUAACAUUUCACACCUUGCAGGGGAGCUCUGGUUGGAAUCACAGCUACAAAAGUGGAAUUGAUGUUGUAAACCUUCUGACAUCUAUCACAUUCCUUUACAAUUAAAUAAACUCCUCUCAUGCUGAAGAUGACCAUACCACCUCUGCCAGGUAGCUGAUUCUUGUAUGCUCUACACAUAUUACAUUUAAUGGCGAUAUUCUGUAGUGCGACAAUGAAUUAUGCGCCCUGGUGUGACAUUUCCUGCUGAUACAGUAACCAGGAAAUGUAGUAAUUACAUAUUAUACUUGCUUUAUAUUAGCUUAUUACGGGUUAUACCAGGAAGCACUGAAUGAAGUAACACAUAUGUAACCCCUACAAAAAAUAUACAUAAUUUAUGACUAAACCAAAGUGCUCACAUUAUAUACGAUUUUACUUUGUGAAUAAUGGGUCGGUGUAGACUUGUAUGCAUUAUGUAGUGAAGGGUUAAGUAAUUUCAUUGUUUCUGUGAUUCUCCCAUUGCGUCUUAUUUUUUUUAUUAUGUUUAAUUGCAUUUAGCUUCACAAGGACCUAUAUCCCCUGUACACCUUACUAAGGAAGAGCCUAGGACUUCAGAGUCUCCACAGUUUCAAGCUCCCGAUCAAUUGUCAGGUCCUGUCAGGAGCAUUGGUGAGGAUCCUUUUCCAGUUUUCUCUUGCACUUUUUUUUAAAGUAAUCAAAAUACUGUUCCAGCAAUGGCCUGUGUUAACAUUCUUAUAAUCAAUCCUAAAUAAAAACUUACCUUGUAUGUGUUAUUAAAUUUUAUGUUACAAUCUAGCAGUGACUGCUAGCUAAAUGCUUCAUCCCUCAUAUCCUGGCAUAAUGCAAUAGGUGUUUCAAGUUUAAAGACUACACUGAGCUUAAGAAUAAACUGUUCUUCUGUGUUGUUGCAUGCAGUUAUGGUAUAAGAGCUAGCCUUCAGACAAGUUUGUAAGUUUCCCUUAAAGGACCACUAUAGUGUCACUAUAGUGUCAGGAAAACAAACUCCUGCUUUCUCUGAAACUGCUAUGUUUACAGCUGCAGGGUUAAAACCUGGGGGACCUGGCACCCAGACCACUUCAUUGAGCUGAAGUGGUCUGGGUGACUAUAGUGGCCUUUAACAUAAUAUUACAUCCCUGUUGUCUCUAUGCAUGUCUCAAAAAUCAUGAAGCUCUUAUUUUCUGCCAAUGAAAAUAAGAGCUUCAUGCUUUUAUAUAUGUAUCAAUUUUUGUAGGUUCUUCUCUAAUUAACAUGUACGUUAAUGACAUUGCCCACUUAUAUGAGAGAUCCUGUAAUGAGGCACAUAUGAAAAUAAAGGACCUGUGAGCCCGUGCACAGGUCCUACUGUACACACAUACAAAAAUAUCCAAACUACGGCUUUGCUAAUUUUGAUUUUCUUUAGAUUUUUAAAGGUUGUGUUUAUUUAAACACUUGUUCCAAAGAGUAACCCAACAUAAGGUAAAUAAAGUUUGUCCUUCAAAAUAUACAUUUUAUUAAUUAUUUGUUUUAUUAGAUUCUACGAGAUAUGUUUUCAAAUUGAGUCCAUGUUCAGAAACCCAUCAACUGGAAGAGGAUGAGGAACCUUCUGGGUCUUUGCAAACAAGUACGUGUUUUACUUCCCUCUACUUCUCUUCUAUAUUAUUCACUGCUGUAAUCAACGAUACAGCAUUUACUGUGAUGAAGACCAAGGAACUUUUACUUCUCUGGCAGUGACAGUCCUGUUUUAAGGGGACACUUUAGUCACCCAGGUCACUUCAUCUCAAUGUGCAGUGCAGUGUCCCUGUCUUUUUACGUUGUUUUACAUUACAUGAUUAACGCCACCUCUACUGGCUGUCAGUCUGGCAGCCACUAGAGGCGCUUCUGCGACACACAGCCCCAUAGAAAAGCAUUGAUUCAGUGCUUUCCUAUGGGGAAGUUUGAAUGCUCAUCAAGUAUUCAUGUUCUGAAGCAAAUACUUGUUUUCAGUACCAUACCUAACAAAGGCCUUUUCAAAUUAUUUAAUAUUUUUUGGAUGAACUUUUAAAAUAAUUUAAUAAUAUGAUUUUGUUUAUGUGCUGUUUGAUUUAUUGAAAUAUGUUUUUUUAUAGAUUUUUUAAUAUUUGGAUAAACUAGCUUUAAAAGCGUACCAAAAAAUAUUACAUAAUUUGAAAACCUUAUCCAAUCAAGGCAUAAAUGUUAAAGGGACACUGCAGAUGCCAGAACCACUGUUAACGAAUGGUAAAGCUCAAUGUAGUGGUUCUGGGGUAUGCAGCAUGUACCUACAGGAUCAGUAGUGUAAAUGUUGCCUUUUCAGAGAAAAGGCAAUGUUUACGCUGUUGCCUAGGUCUACCUCCAGUGGCUGUCAUAUGAAUAGCCACUAGAGACUAGAGGUACUUCUUGUACAUGGUCUUGCAAUUUUUUAAGGACUUCUGUUCAUUGUCUCCACACUUUGCAUUGAGACACUGAACAUUGCCAAUGGGGAUGUUGAUGGGCGCAGCCCUGCGAUUUGCCUUAGAUGUUCACUAGGCUCUAAAUGCUUUCCUUUGAAAGCACUUGAUUGGCUGACAUCUUUUCUCAGCCAAGAAAGUAGGACCAGCAGUGCAGAUAGCUACAAGAAGAGUAAAACUUAUGUUUUAUCCUUUUUGGGAAGAGGGGAAACCUAAAUAGGUAGCAGUACAUAUAGCAUAAAGAAUACAUGUUUGUAUUCCUAAUGCUAUAGUGUUCCUCUAUUACAAUAUAAAGCCAUGGACAAUAAUUUGGUAAUGUAAAUGUAGCCAUGGUCCUUUCACCUCACCCUUACAGUCAUAAUAUUUACUACAUGUAUGUAUGCAGUUAUAUUUUACAAAUUCGAAGUAGUCACGAAGUAGUCACGAUUUUCUCUUAUAUAUAAAUAAAAAAAGCAAAGUGAAUUUAAAAAAGUAGCAAGAAUUAAUAGAGGGACAAAAAUUUUUUCUUUUAUAAAACAAAACCUAUAUGGUAAAAUAACCAGUUUAAAUAUUGACUUAAUUUGCAUGUUGAAAAUGCCCACCUAUUGCAGACUAAAUUAGUUCUGCAGUCAAAACCUUUUUACGUAUUCAUUGCUACUUCUAUGCUUUGCAAGGGAAUGCACUGAUUUGCUGAAAUUGUUUAGCUGAUUACUGAUUCCUGCAGAUUCCUGCAGAGUUGAGCAACAUCUUUAGUUAUUGCAUGCAAAAAUUGAACUUUGGAGAUAAUAAUCAUUAUUAUGUUUCUCAAUGUGCAUUGUUAAUUAUUUAUCCGCACAAAUCAUUUCAACAACGAAAAAUGGCGGGUUUGGGGUAUGAGUUCAACUCUACUGUGGAUUUAUUCAGCUGCUUUGGAAAGAUGAAAAUGUGAAAAUAAUAUACUAUUAUUCGAUAUAUAUAUAUAUUUCAGCUAUGCUUUCGGGUGACCAAGAAGAGAUCAUAUCCAUCAUAGUGGGCUCAGAAGAAGUACCAUCCACAUCAGCGGGUAUUUGUCCACAAUCAUCUGCUGUUUCUUCUUCAUCAUCUCCUUCCUCGGGUCAUCUUGAUGCCUCUGUAGCUGCCCUUGUGGAUAAAACUACAGAACAACUUAAUAAGAUGUCAGAUUUGAUGUUGGCUCAAAGCCACACUUCAGCAUCCCAGCAUUCAGAGAUCUUAGAAGUCUUACAUGGUAUUCGUAAUGAUUUAAAUGAACUAAGACACCAAACUCAGAUAUCAAAUGAAGUACAAAAUCAGAAAAGACUAGAUAACCGGUUAUUCCGCAGUGAACUUUUGCAAUUGAAAAGAGAAAAAUUGGAUAUAUUAAGAAUGAAGUAUGACCUUGAACCUCCAAAUACAUCUAGACCACUCAAUGAACAACUUAAGGAAGAGACGUCAAGCAAUGAAGAGGAAUUUUCACCUCCUCAAAUGAAAAAAAUGUGUAAAGGAAAAGAAAGGUUCAUUUUGUUUCUCUGAAAAUCUGUUUUGCUUUUUUUGUACUAUUUUUUUUUUAGUUUAUUCCAAAAACCUCUGCUCAGAUGUAUCACCCUUCACCAAUUUUACUGUUUUCUUUGUUUUAACAAAAAUGUUAAAACAUUUUUUGUUUUUUUGAAAAAAAAGUUUUUUUAAAAAAUGUGAGUAGAGUUUUUGUUUAGUUAUGUGUUUUUUUGUAGGUAAACACAAUGUAACAUUCAGUAAUAUAAUUCAGAUGAAUUCCAUUUAAUUAAUGUAGUAUAUACAGAAGAGGCUAUAUAAAGAUUUAAGCAAUACUUUGCGAUGUACAGUAUAUAUUUUUGUUUUAUAUGUAAAUUCAUAAGAAUAAAUAGUACAAUAUAUAAUUAA